ACGGGCAGAGCUCCUACUGUGCCCACCACCUUCUCUUCAGACUCAGCCACCCAGAAGCAGGAGCCACGCUCACUCAGGAACCUGCUUAUAAUAGGUCAUUGUAUUGUUGGAGUCACUGUUAUUCCCAGAGCUGUGGGCUUUGAGAGCAGCGUGUCAGUGCCACCCCAUGCCUGCAUCUGGGAAGAUCACUCCUCCACUGGAACAGCCCAGCCUGGAAAGGGGCCAGUGAGAUGGAAGGUGGACAAUCCAGGGGCAGUACAUUCUGGAAGCCUCAGGAGGAAGAGAAAAAUCGAUUCAGACUCAUUUAACGUAGCAAACCAUGUGAUUUCUUCUGACUCUGUUUCCUCUUCUGCCAGUAGUUCCUGAGCUUGAACUCUACUUUUUGCAACAAGCAAAAUGUACACAUGUUAAACAAGGGCACACAAGCAGGUAACUUGGAGAUUGUGAAUGGUACCAAAAAACACAUUCGAGAUGUUGGGAUAACUUUCCCAACUCCAAGUUCCAGUGAGGCUAAAUUGGAAGAGUACAGUGAUGUGACUUCUUGGUCAGAAGAAAAACGUGAAGAGAAAAUGCUCUUUAAUGGUUAUCCUGGGGAAAGAAAGUUAAAAAAGAACGAGAAGAAUUCCCAUGAAGGAGUUUCCUGGUUUGUUCCUGUGGAAAAUGUGGAGUCUGGAUCAAAGAAGGAAAACGUGCCCAAUACUUGUGGCCCUGGCAUCUCCUGGUUUGAACCAAUAACCAAGACCAGACCCUGGAGGGAGCCACUGCGGGAGCAGAACUGGCAGGGGCAGCACCUGGACAGUCGGGGCCUGGCAGGCCCAGGCAGAGAGGAUGGCAGAGACCCACUGAAGCCGUUUGUGAGAGCAAACCUGCAGGAAUCGCUUCAGUUUCACAGAUCUGACUUCAUCUUCCGCACUGGGGAGCGGAUAAAGCGCCUGAAGUUAAUAGUCCAGGAGAGAAAGCUGCAGAGCAUGUUACAGAGCGAGCGGGAUGCACUAUUCAACAGUGACAGGGAACGGCAGGGCCACCAGAAUCGCAUGCGCCCGCUGCCCAAGAGAGUCUUCCUGGCUAUCCAGAAGAACAAGCCUAUCAGCAUGAAGGAAAUGAUUCAGAGGUCCAAAUGGUAA